CAGAGCCUGAUCCAGGUUUACGGCCGGGCGAGCGGGGAACGCGUGUGGCUGCAGGAGCUGAGCGCGGCACUGCCGAGCAGCUCCACCAGCACCGCCGCGCUCAGCCGAGGGACAGGGGGCUGGGCAGGGCAUCGGGCACUGGGGAACCUGUCCUUGGGUAACCGCAGGUCGAGGAGCCCUCUCUGCUCUCUGCCAUGGGCUGCUGGAGAGUCCUCGGCCCCGUGCUGCCCCUCCUGCUGCUCCUGCACCCGCCGCCCUCGCCCGCCUGCCCGGCCGCCUGCCGCUGCUCCCCGGGCGAGGCGGACUGCAGCGAGCGGGGCCUCCGCGAGGUGCCGUGGAGCCUGUCGACCAACACCAGCACCCUGUGGCUCGGCUACAACUUCAUCACCGUGCUGGGGCCGCACUCCUUCCCUCCGCUGCCGGGGCUGCGGCAGCUCAGCCUGCCCCACAACCGCCUGGAGCUGAUCCACGGCCGGGCGCUGCUGGGGCUCGGGGCGCUGCAGGACCUGGACCUGAGCCACAACCACCUGAGCGUGCUGAGCCCCGAGACCUUCCUGCCCCUCGCCAGCCUGGCCACGCUCAACCUGGGCAGCAACAGGCUGGGGGAGCUGGAGCCUGCGUUGCUGAGCGCCCUGCCCCAGCUCCGAGCCCUUCUCCUGCAGGACAACCCCUGGGUGUGCAGCUGUGGCAUCCUGCCCCUCUGGCGCUGGCUCAGCCUCAACAAGGAGAAAGUACGAGAGAAGAGUUUGCUCCUCUGCAGAGUCCCGGAGCAGCUGAACCAGUACCCAAUCAUGGCCUUUGGGGAUGAGUCCUUCAGGCAAUGCCAGGAGACGUCACUGUCCUCCGAACAGUACAUCACCUUCUUCAUCAUUGGACCAUUCUCCUUCAUUGCCAGCAUCUUCUUCUGCACCUUCAUGGGCUCGGUCGUAGUGUUUUACCACAGCCUGCGCAGGGAGUCCCACUGCUGGAGGAGACCCCGCAUCUGCAGGGUGCACUGAGGCAGGAUGGCCAGGCUUUAGCCCUGAGCAGGCUGUGGUCCACACCCUUCUCCAGCUGGCUGCACCCACCUGUUGCAAACAUGUCCCAGCAGACCAGUGAGCGGAAGAUCUGUCCCUGGAACUGCUUUGGUUUUUCUCAGAGUCCCCAGGACAAUUCCAAGCUCCCUCUGCCCCGCUGCUGGGAGAGCAGCCUGCAGCUCAGCACCCUGCGGGGCAUGGGCUGACUGCAGAUGUUCUCAGUGUUUUGGGAGCUUCCCCAGACCACCCUCAGACCCUUCCUGGGGUUGUCCAGGUGAUCCUUCUCCCCCUGUCCUGCCCCUUGUGGUGCGCAGUGGCCUCAGCGUGCUUUUCAGGAUGCACCACGUGCCUCACUGUGCCUUGGGGUGCAGCCUGGGAGCCCCGUGCACAUCUCAGAACACUUGUAUUCCUCUAGGCACCCCAGGAGUCACCAUUUGCCUUUUGGUGCAGCCCAGGCUGCCCUCUGUGUGCCUUUCAGUUUGCUCUUAAUCCCUCCUUGGGUCUUUUGGUGCCCCCAGCACUCUCUGUCUGCCUUCAAUGACCCCAUCAGUCUCAGGGUACCUUUCCAUGCCUUCCAAACUCCUUGGCUUGGCUUUUCAUGCACCCAAGCGCCAUUUUUUUGGCUUCUGUGUCCUGACAGGCAUUAGUUUGCCUUUUGGUGAACUGCAGAGCUCCCCAUGUGCCUUUUGGUGCACCUGAAAAUCUCUGUGUGUUUUUGGAGCAUUCCAGAGCCUUCAUGAGGCUUUCAGACUACCCCAGAGCCCUCAUGUGCUGGCCAAGGACAGGGCUGGUUGCAAAAGAUUUCUUUUGAUAGGUUUUUUUCAUUGAGUCAGGAAUGCUGGAGCUGAGAAGGCUCAACCAAUAACCAAGAUCUAGAGUAAGACUGAAGGUUACAGUGAGGGUUGGGAAGAGCCUUGAGCUUCCACUGAUAUGGUUCAGCAGAGGAACUGCCAAAGGAUGGGUGAGGCUUGCAGUAAUUCCUCCCCCAAUAGCUUUCCCUAGGCUAAAGCAGGCCAAGGUAGCUCAGUGAUGGGAGUGGGGGCAAACAAGCCCAUGUGGGUUUACAGCACAGAGAUGCAGCCCUUAAUGCUGCCUCACCUGUCAUCACCCACAAAACAGGGCUGGGGCUGCCCCUGCACCUCCCUGCCCUGCCACCUCCUGCCCUUCCCUGUGGAAAUGCUUCUGGACAUGCUUAUUGUUCAUACUGGGAGAUGGCCUGGAAGGAUCUGGAGCUGUGCUCCAGAGGAAAGCACAAGCUGGGUGACAAAAACAAUCUUUCAAGGAGAAGAAACAGCCCUUUUUGCCUGAUCUCGUACCGACUGCAAGAUGGUCAGAGCCACAGUGAGAUGGCUGUGACCACCAGCUCCCCUUCUUCACUCGAUCUCAGCAGGAGCUGUGGACCAGCCAGGGAUGUGGCAGGUCAGUGCAUCCCUCAGCAAACUCUUGGCAAGGGUUCAGUAAAUCACACAGAGAAUAAACCAAAUGUCACCUCAGCUGUGGCUUGCUCCCAUUUUUAUUUUCAAGAGAGAAACCAACCCAGUGGGCUGCCACAGUGCCAGAUUCCUACUUCCUUCUCUGUCGUGGGGUGUGGGGGCUGCAGGGAGCAGCUCCUCCACUGCCACCAGCCCUGCACCUGGGAGCUCUGCAGGACCUCUGGCAGGAUCAUCCUCUUGCCUGUCCCAGGAGCAAUACCAGUUCUCCCAGAUCCUCUCUAGUGACAGCAUUCAAUCCUUCCCAAGUAGUCUUGGGCUUCCCAUUUGGAGCUAAGACCUCACUUGUCAUCCUGCUCAGCCCCCAGAGCCCUGCUCCUCCUCCCAGACCACCCUGAGGCUGAGCCCACCAUGAAGGCUGGGCUGGUGGUCUCGGCAUAUGGGGACUAUUCUGUCAGUGGGUGAUGUUGCUUCGGUUCAGCCCAAGGGAGCUGCCUUUCUGUUUUGCAAAUCCCUCAGUGGAGCCUCCCUAUGGAUGGGCUGAUAUGUGAGGACUCCCCCAGAGGCUUCACCCCUGUGGUCCAUCCUCUGUUCCCAAAGGCUGGCCCCACUGGCAGUGCCCCACACUGGCUCCCAGGAGAUGGGAAGCCCAGCAGUGGCAGUGGACCAUUUUCCCUGGAAUGAAGGUGGGCCAGAACCAGCUGCCAUGCUGCUGGUGUUUGGACAGCUCCGGACUGUCCCCAUCCCCUCACUGCAAGGCCUGUCCCCCUCCUGUGGCUGUUCAGGCUGUCUAUCAGCUGAGUAUCCCAGAAUGAUGCCAGUCCUUCCCUCAUCUCCUCUGUAGCUCCUGGCCUUUCUCCCUGCUGGUUUCUCCAACCCUUCCCGUCCCUCCACCCUCCACUGUUUGCAGACCCUGCAGUGGGGCUGGGUGAGGUUGUGACUCAGCACAGGGCUCCCUGCCAGCUUUGCCAGAAGCCAGAGACAGAAAGAGGCACAUGGCAUCAGAAUAAACCACUUCAUGAUCCAGUCUAGACUUUACUGAGCUCUUGCAAAAACUCGGUAUUAAUGUUACAUUGACGUAUAAAGUAGAAUGGGUCCAAUUUCUCAGCUGGAGCUAGAUGAACUAGAUGGAGCCACAGCAGUCAGUGGGACGAUGCUCACAGACCUCAGCUGCCGUUUGAAAA